AUGGGUAAUAAUAACUCUCAAAGUGUUCUUCGUAUUGGUGACAUUUCCAUCAAGAUGUAUGAUGGCAUUGUCAAGCAAUUGAAGAAUGUGAGAUAUGUCCUGAACUUGAAGAGAAAUCUCAUCUCAUUGGGAAUUCUCGAAGAUGAAGGACAUUCUUUCAAGACUGAAAAUAAUAUUUUAAAAGUUAUGAAAGGAUCUUUGGUAAUUUUUAAGGGACCAAAAAGAAAUGGAAAUAAGGGUCGCAAGUAUCUAAGUAAUCAGAAACUACUUGGAAAAGAUAUGAUUGAGCUCUGCGAAUUUUGUGAAAUAUGCGUGUUGGAUAAGUCGCAUAGGGUGAGUUUUGAGAAUGGGUCACAUACCACCUCUAGGUCCCUAGACUAUGUCCACUCGGAUUUGUGGGGACUGGAGAGUUACCCUACCUUUGGAGAGAAUAAGUACUUCCUUUUUAUAGUCUAUGACUAUUCAAGAAAGGUCUAG